GAGAAAGAGAGAGCGAGAAGGUGAAGAGGCAACGGGGAUGAAUUUGAGCUAAGAGAAGGAGGAGUUUAGAGAGGAAAGGGAAGAAAAGGAAAGAUGACCACAGUUCCCGUGAUGCUUCUAGGAGUGACUACAUUUCCCAUGACUCCCUGGGAGAGGGGAGCGUAGGGAAGAAAGACUGCAUGUUCCGAGAUUCUCCUUGCGGGUCGGUGUUGGGAAUUGAACCGGAAGCUGCUUUCUGGGUUUGAGGAGUCGAAUAUUGAACAACCAGAAGUCCGAUAUGAAACUGUAUUGCCUGACAGGGCAUCCAACCUUACCAUGCAAUGUGCUCAAAUUCAAAUCAACCACCAUCAUGUUGGACUGUGGACUGGACAUGACUUCCACUCUCAAUUUCCUUCCUUUGCCACUUGUUCAAAGUCCCAGGCUGUCUAAUCUUCCUGGCUGGUCUCUAAAGGAUGGAAAUGCUUUCUUGGACAAGGAGCUAAAGGAGUGCUCGGGUCAUGUAUUUGUGGAUUCUGUUCCUGAAUUCUGCUUACCAGAGACCGAGCUAAUAGAUUUGUCUACAGUAGAUGUGAUUCUCAUCUCUAACUAUCACUGCAUGAUGGCACUGCCCUAUAUCACUGAGCACACCGGUUUCACAGGCACAGUAUAUGCUACAGAACCCACCGUUCAGAUUGGCAGGCUUCUCAUGGAAGAGCUGGUGAAUUUCAUUGAAAGAGUGCCGAAGGCUCAGUCUGCCUCCUUGUGGAAGAAUAAGGAUGUGCAGCGGCUACUGCCUUCGCCCCUCAAGGAUGCAGUGGAAGUGUCAACCUGGAGAAGAUGCUAUUCAAUGCAAGAGGUGAACUCUGCUCUUAGUAAAAUCCAGCUGGUUGGAUAUUCUCAGAAAAUUGAGCUUUUUGGUGCAGUCCAGGUGACUCCUCUCAGCUCUGGGUAUGCCCUUGGUAGCUCCAACUGGAUUAUUCAGUCCCAUUAUGAGAAAGUGUCAUACGUCUCUGGAUCCUCUUUGCUUACCACACAUCCCCAGCCCAUGGACCAAGCUUCUCUCAAAAAUAGCGAUGUUCUCAUUCUGACCGGGCUUACCCAGAUUCCAACUGCAAACCCAGAUGGUAUGGUGGGAGAGUUCUGCAGCAACCUGGCACUGACAGUUCGAAAUGGAGGUAACGUGUUGGUUCCCUGUUACCCUUCUGGAGUGAUCUAUGACCUCCUGGAAUGCCUGUAUCAAUACAUUGACUCAGCCGGCCUCUCCAGUGUCCCUUUCUACUUCAUCUCUCCAGUGGCUAACAGUUCACUUGAGUUUUCACAGAUUUUUGCUGAGUGGCUUUGUCACAACAAACAGUCUAAGGUGUAUCUCCCAGAACCUCCUUUUCCUCAUGCAGAGCUCAUUCAGACCAAUAAGCUGAAGCACUAUCCCAGCAUCCAUGGAGACUUCAGCAACGAUUUCAGACAGCCGUGUGUGGUGUUCACUGGGCACCCUUCCCUCCGGUUUGGGGAUGUGGUGCACUUCAUGGAGCUCUGGGGAAAAUCUAGUCUCAACACUGUCAUAUUCACAGAACCUGAUUUCUCAUACCUGGAAGCACUGGCUCCCUACCAGCCUUUGGCCAUGAAAUGCAUUUACUGCCCCAUUGAUACACGACUGAAUUUCAUCCAAGUGUCAAAGCUGCUUAAAGAAGUACAGCCCCUCCAUGUGGUGUGUCCUGAGCAGUAUACCCAGCCACCCCCAGCCCAGUCACACAGGAUGGAUCUGAUGAUUGAUUGCCAGCCACCUGCCAUGUCCUAUCGACGGGCAGAGGUCCUUGCCCUGCCCUUCAAACGCCGGUAUGAGAAAAUUGAAAUCAUGCCUGAGCUUGCAGAUUCCCUGGUGCCCAUGGAAAUUAAGCCUGGCAUUUCCUUGGCAACCGUUUCGGCUGUGCUGCAUACUAAAGAUAACAAGCACGUUCUUCAGCUUCCUCCAAGGCCCACCCAGCCCACAAGCAGUAAGAAGAGAAAGCGGGUGAGCGAUGACAUGCCAGACUGCAAGGUUUUGAAGCCUUUGUUGAGUGGCUCCAUCCCUGUAGAGCAGUUUGUGCAGACCCUGGAGAAGCACGGCUUCAGUGAUAUUAAGGUGGAAGACACAGCCAAGGGCCAUAUUGUCCUGCUCCAGGAAGCUGAGACACUCAUCCAGAUUGAGGACGAUUCAACCCACAUCAUUUGUGACAAUGAUGAGAUGCUCAGGGUACGACUGCGAGACCUUGUCCUCAAAUUCUUACAGAAGUUCUAAAUGGAAUGUCUCCACUUCCCUGAAAUCCUACAGCCCUUCACUAUGGCUGCCCUACUGAAGCAAGUCAGCUGAAGAAAGGGAUAAAAAGCUGUUGGAUACAUCUUUGUAAUGUUCUUUGGCAUACAUAAUGAAGAAGUAGUUCUUAAGGGAAAUAAUCAGGAGAUAUGGACAGAAUUUCCUGGCACUGUUUCAGGCAAGAACUUUCCCUUUAACUUUAGAUUCAUUUUCUUUCCAAUUCUGGGUCUCCUGAGAAGCCAGGGUGGUAGGACAACAAGCUGAGGACUACCAUAAGAGUGACUGACAGAAGCAGCUUUCCAAGAGCUUAAUAGUGGAAGGGAAGGUAAAAAGAUGACUGACUCAUUAUCUUAUGUAGUGUAUAUUUGGUUUUCACAGUUUCACAGGCCUGGGGCAAAGGAAUGAGUCUUAGUUUUACUUACUUGCCUACAGUGCUACACCUAAAAAUAAAAGAUGAUCCCCCAAAAUAGUAAAAUUAACUGAUCUAUCCAUAUUUUAUAUUGUGAGCCCACUUUGUUAAUAAAACUUAUUUUAAUAUAGGAGUAUCUGUGCUCUGUUGAUCCUACAAUUUUUAUAGAUCUGGAAAAAUACAUACAGUACAAUAUAUACUUAGAAAACACCAAAGCAGCAAAUUUUAGUUUGGUGUAUCAAAUCAUAUGACACAGCAUUGUUUGCAAAAAGUCAGAUUUAAUUCUUCUUAAAUAGUAUGAAAAGGAGUUUAACUUUAUCUGAACUAUGUCUGUAUGAAAAACUGGCAUAGAUUAAUCAGCCACAACCUUAUGGGGGAGGGUCCUGGACAGGUAGCUCAGGCUCUACUAGUUGAGCGUUGCCUGUCAUUGCCUUUUCCACAGGCAUCUGCAGACCCACUAGUAACCAUAGGUUUUAGAGAAAAGUAUUUGUUGACAAAAGAUUACUGCAUUUGAAAUAAUGCUGCUUCUGAAUUAUUAAAGCAGAUAUUUACCAGAUUACAUCUAAUCUAAGAUACCAUCAAUUGUAACAUACCAAUUUUGCAAGAAUUAAAAUAUGGGGGAGAAAAAAGCACAAGUCUUAGAGUUAGUGAACUGCGGCAGUGGGUCUAGCUCAGCCUACUCUUCUCACAGUAUUUUUAGACAGGUUGCAUUCAGUCUGUAGUCAGCCCUCCAACUCUGCUAACAAUUAACCAUCACAAGAUGAUUUAGUUGUUCAAGAACUAUAUAAAACUUCAAUAGAACUAACUGCUCAAGUUUUUUGAGAGCUGUCAGCUCUCUCUUGGAAUGAACAUAUCAAUAGGAAUGAGUUCUUUAUACUAAAGGAGAAAAAAGGAAACUUCAUUUUUGCCAUUUCCAAAUUCAGAUUUAGACACAAGAAUGUUUAAACUAGUCUCUUUUUUUUUCCCCAAGAUACAGCUCAUUCCAAUAAAGGGGCCUAGCCUAUAUCUAUGGAAUAUGUCACUAAAAAAGCCAACUACUGUGGCUCUUGUAUUGCCAUUACAAGAAAUUGAUGCCAUCACUAUGAAAAUUCAGUUUUGUUUUUAGGAGAAUUAUAAAUAUGCAUCAGACAUUGGAUACUUCCAAAUAAAACUUUUGAGAGAAUCAAGUUAAAUUAGAGCUCAAAAGAAAUCAAAUGGUUAUUUUAUUUAAAUGCCCUUCCAAUUAUAAGUAAAGGAAUGACUUGGAUUUGUCAAAGUUUGAUUUAUUUUAAAGGACUUGAUCAAAGAACCCAAGGUAUUUGUCCCUUCAGGCAUGGUUACUAAAGGAGCAAAAAGGAGAUUACUAUAAAUUAAUCAGUAAACACCUGAUAGGCAGGGAAUAAUUCAGAAAUGUUGAAGGUUUUAAUCAAGUCAUCAUUUCCCACUAGUGACAGAAGCAGGAAGAAGCAAAGAAUCAUUUGAGCAGAGAGAAAUUCUAGAGCUGACCUUUCCAAGCAUUAGGAGAAGGCAGAUACAAAUCACUACUUGGAGUUCAGAUAUUUGGAUAUCAAACCAGGCUGGUUAGUGGAAGAACCAGAAGAAACGACAGGCUCUGCCCUUUGCCUGCUGUAAUACUCCACUGAUGGAUGGAUCCAAUUCCAGAACUGCAGCCCAGGACUACUGAUAGCAUCCUGGUGAAAAGUCUGACAUCUUGAAAACUUUCUACUUGAGACAAACAAAAUCCUAAUGCUUAAACAGUAAUUGAAAAACCAUUAAGAUUAAUGCGGAACCUGAUUUUGUUUCUAUUAUUUCUUUAAAUCUUUCUAUGCAGCAGUAUAUUAGGAUCUAUUGUUGUGCAACAAUUACCCCAAAACUUCGUGGCUUAGAAAAACAAACAUUUGUUAGCUCACAGUUUCUGUGAUCCAGGAAUCUGGUGUGGCUUGGCUGGGUGCUACUGGUUCAAGGUUGUCUUUCCACAAGGAUGCCAUCGAGGGGUUGAAAGGAAACUAAUGUACAGAAUUUAAGCAGCUUUCCCAAAGAUAGUGUGGAAGUUAAGUACAGCCUGCCACCUCUCCCUGGGACCCACAGAUAAAUGCUGUGCUCAGGACUAGAUGUGUUAGUUUAGCUCCUAGGAUGGGUAAGAAUGUGGGCUUACUCCCUUCUUGAGUCACCUUGACAUACCACAGCAGACAGUAAUCUGCCCACACAUUCCUCCCUCUUUUUGCCCUGAGCACAUGUAAACAUGUCCAGACUAGGGGUGUAAGUUUUAUGGCACCUACCACCCCCACUUCUAUAUCUCUUCCUGGUGGGGAGAGAGUAGUGUCCUUUGUUUUGUGGCAGAAGAAGGGUGUGCACAUGACAUCCCCCUACCUCUGCUGUAGAUUGAAUCCCACUGGCCAGGGAGACCAACGCCCACUAUUGAAGCUGAACUUGCUGUCUCUUCUCCAUGUGAGUGAACACUGAUCCGAACACUGAUCCAAACACUGAUCCAUCCAGUGCCUGUAUAAGUUGUGCUUUGCUGGCAACCCCAAAAUGUGCAUACCAUGGAGUGGGUUGAGACCCUAGGACUACUGUUCUGGUGGCAGGCACUGGUAUGCUCUUGCUACCCCCCACACUGUGAGAUUCCUCCCCUGGAGAUGGUAAUAGAUGUCUCUUUCUGACUGAUAGUUUGGCACAACGAGCAGGACGCUGACACAUAGCCCCUAAGUGGCUUCUGCCUUACCAUAAAUGUCAUAUGUGAGUAUCUGGGAUCAGGAGCUGGCUAUUAAUGCAUUUCUUUUCUUGUAAAGGUAUCGACUACUUUGUUUCUCCUUGAUCCUUCCAGAGUUGAAGCUUUCUGACCCUUACAGCUGUCGCAUAAAGCAGGAUUCAGUUGUUUCAAACUGCAAUAAAGUAGCAACAGAAAUAAGAGUGAAAAAAACUCUAAAAGUAUAUGAUGAUAUAUUAAUAACAGCCAAGCAAAUUGGUGAGUAGAAUGGGGGAGGCUUCUUUUUUCUGGCCCUGAGUCUAUUUUUCCCCUACAGCAGCAAGGAGACUUGAGGCUGUCUUACUGUUUCAUGCCACACGAUGGGAAGGUAGAUAACACUUGAUGUUUUCAAAUUCACUACAGUGGGAUUAUGGGUAAAUAACAUUACUCUUCUUUGAACAGGGUAUAAAUGACCAGCUCUUAUUCUGAGGAAGUCUCUACCAAGUCCUGGAAACAGGCAGCACAGAACUAAGCUAAAAAUGUCUAAUCUUGCUGGAGACUGGAACCAGCAUCAGUCAUGAGUUUAUUCUCUAAAUAUGAAGCACCACAGUCUCCACUGCUCCUUAGUAGCCCAUUAAGGCUUUAAAUAACUCAUUAAAUAUUAUUUUACAUAUGUUAAACUUAAGCACAUGUUGAAUCAUAGGACAAAAUUGUCUUACUCACAUCUUGUUAUUGGGCAUGUAAAAUGUUUCCUGUUUCUCUUCUUUUAUUAUGAGGCAACUGAAAAAAAUGGAGAUCAAGCCCCUUGGAUAACAAGUCUUGUGUUUGCAGGAUUUACCCUUUAUCCUUCUCUGGGAUAACCCAUUUAUAAGUCUUCUUGACAUAAAACUAUGAAAUCAAUCACAAGUAAAAAGUAACUUUAAUUUGUAUAACAUACAAUAAGAUCUAUUAAACACAUUAUCAACUGAAAUAAAGUUUGGUAACAUUUUUUAGGUUUUAUAAUAUAAAUCUUUAGUAACUAAUUGCAAUCUUCACAUACUUGAAAAAUAAUGAACUUUGAUUUUACAAAGAAAAGUCUUUUCAAUCAGCAAUAGGCAUUUAUUAAGCCCUUGCUAUAUUCUGUGCCUUGUGCUGUCUCUGAUGAUUUUAGCUCAUCAGAAUAACAGACAAAAAAGUUUCUCCCCAACUUCUCACAAUUGUAAGAAAGCAACUUUGCUCCAGGACCACGAGCACUCCAAGGACAGGAUCUGUGUCCCCCAUGAGGCUUGGCACAUAGUUAGCACGAUGGGGAGUGGGGGUCGAAAAUUUCAUGAAUAUAUAAGAUUAACAGGCCUAAUCGACAUUUCCUGGGGGUUAACAUUUUAACUUAAGUUUUCUAAACAUGAGAACCUAUACUUAAGUGUAGCACACCCUAUGCAAAUGAAAUAGCUGCCAUUCAGCCCCGCUCUAAAAUGACUACUUGACUCAGUUAAGGGCUUACUGAUGAUACGGAUCAAGGGUUAGCAAACUGGCCAACAGGCUAAAUCUGGCCCACAGACUAAGAAAAGUUUAAAAAAAAAUACAUGAGUCAGAAAUCAUGUAUUUGACCCACAAAGCUAUCUGGCCCUUUACCAAAAUAGUUUGUCAAUUCUGCUCAAGUGUGUAAAUUUUAUUAAACACUUUAAUGAUACUUAAUUCAAAUAAAGGUUAAAUAGCUGUAUGGCUGUGUAAGCUCUCCCUUGCAGAUAAACUGAACUAUGCAAAAAGACAAAAAUUAAAAAACUAAUAAUUUUUUUUUAAGCCUGAUGGCACUAGAGACAGUAAAGAAAAAAGCAGCCAAAUUCUAAGUAAGAUUCAACACUUGAAAGAAAGGAAUAGAAGAUGGGUUUCCAUCUUUAUGGCUUUUACCCUGAGGGCAGACCAAAGUCAGCACUGUGUGAUGCAUCUAAAACUUGGAUAAAAAUCUGCAUUUUCUGAAUAACCAGAGAACGUAGUGCAGGGUAACCACAGCUGCUAUGAAGUGAGAGAAAUAUCCCAGAAGAGAGGGGCAGAGAGCCAAAGCCCCAAAUUAUAUAAACUGCCCAGAUCCCUGACAGCUCCCUGAAAUAUUCAUGCAUGGAGCAGAAUAUAAUGAAAAGGCAGAGACCGUCAGAAUGGAUAAAAUUUAUCAAAAAAAAAAUGAACUAUAUGCUGCCUACAAGAGAUGCACAUUAAAUAUAAGGACACAAAUAGGUUGAAAGUAAAUGGAUGCAAAAAGAUAUACCAUGUGAAAAGCAUAUAUAGGAGAGCUGGCAUGGCCGUAUUAAUAUCUGAUGAUAAACUAGAGAAAGAUUACUAGGUGUGCUGAUUUGUAUAUAUUACAUACCCCAGAAGAAGCUAUAUUCCUUAAUGCAGUCUUGUGGGGGGCAGAUGUAUUAAGAAUUGAUUAGGUUGGAACCUUUUAAUUGUUUCCAUGGAGAUGUAACCCACCCAACUGUGAAUGACACCUUUGGUUAGGGUGUGACCU